AACAACACAACAAAACCAGUUGGAAAAAUACCCGGGAGUUUUAGCUAACUAGCUAUCUUAUUAUUUAAACAUUUCCCUCUAGUAGAUCAAUAACUAAUGAGGUAAACAACUCAGUACUUUGACCAACCUAUAUCGACUGGUUGACCUCUGAUCAAUUUUGUAUCUCGUGCGCUUUGCCCAUAAACGUUUUCUGGUAUAUUUGCUGGAGCUAAUUUUUGAGAUGCCUUCAUUUUUACCUACGGUGGCCGAACAACUCUUCAAAGACAUACAGAAGACAUACCAAGAGAAAACUAAAGUUCCUGAUGACCUGCUUAUUGCGCUGAGGUUUGUGUUUGGCUCCUGUGCCCUCCAGGCCUUGGACCUGGUGGACCAGCGCUCUGUCACCUGUGUCUCAUCCCCCAGUGGACGGAGAGCAUAUCAGGUGAUUGGAGGGUCAGGGCUGCUGUACACCUGCUACACCUCCUGUCACUACUGCUCCUGCCCAGCCUUCGCCUACACUGUGCUCAGGAGGAACGAGAGCCUGCUGUGCAAGCACAUCCUGGCCGCCUACCUCAGUCAGGCCAUGGGGCUGUCCCAGCAGGAGGCCCUGUCUGACCAGCAGAUGUCCAGCAUCCUUUCUGGGAGAGCAGCAAGAACUGACACGUAGAGCACCAGACCUCCAGGUCACUCAUCCAGACCUACAUGUAGAAGACCAGACCGCAGCUACAGACCCAAAGCACAGACACGUAGAGCACAACCCAACAGGUCACUGAUCCAGACUCAAAGCCACACAGCACCAUCUGAGACCAAGCUACUGCAGCACGUCCUGAGGAAAGAUGUUUAAAAGGCAAAGCCUACUGCUGCUGUAUAGUCUCCUCCAGUCUGUCUGCAUGUGUGAAGAUUACUUUUAUGGCUUUUAGGUCAUUGUGCUGUUCUUCUAGAACUCUGGUGUGGUUCUCCGCUUUCUGAAAAUCAAAAGACAACAGAUGUUGCUGUUUUUUGUGAGUGUUCGUGUUCUUAAUCUGUUGCCAGAGAAUAUGCAUCUGUUCAUUGACUGUAUUUU